AUGGCUUGCUGGAAAUUGUUUGAUAUCGAAAAUAUGGAUCCAGGUCGUGUUUUCGUUCUUCUAGACGAAAUACCGAGCGAUAAUGAAUCUCUUGUAGAAGAUCUAGACGAGGUUAUGAAUGAUGAAUUGCCGACGCCUGAUGCUUCCAAUAAUGGUGAAGUUUUUGACAUCGAAAAUAUGGACAUAAUUAUCGAGGAUAAUCACGUGAUUUCCAAUAACGACUUACACUGGGACAGCGAUGAUGAUAUCCCACUCGCCAGACGACCUGAUAUAUUCCUGUCAGAUUACUGGUCUGACGAUGUUUCCAACAUUAUGAAACCAAGUGCUUUCGCAGAAGCAACUGGUCCGGAUUUGCCUGAUGAUAUUGAGACACCGACAGACGUAUUCUUGCAUUUGUUUCCAGAAGAUUUGAUCACCCACAUUACAUUCCAAACCAACCUAUACGCAUUUCAGAGACAUGGUGAAGGAAGAAAUUUCAAACCAACAACUGCAAAGGAGAUUAAAAUCUUUUUGGGAGUUAAUCUCCUUAUGGGUUUGAAAAAACUACCAAGCUUCAAAGAUUACUGGUCUUCUCAGGAAGAAAUGAGAGAUCCUUUUAUUAGUUCCGUUAUUAGUAGAGAUAGAUUUGCUUGGUUGCUGAGUAAUAUUCACCUUAAUGAUAACGCAGUUCAACCACAAAAAGGUGAACAAAACUACGACAAGCUAUAUAAGGUAAGACCUCUACUCUCUAAGCUUCAAGAAACAUUUAUGUCGUCCAUGAAGCCUAGCGAGUUUCAAUCCGUGGACGAGAGCAUGAUAAGAUUCAAAGGGCGUAGUAGCUUCCGCCAAUACAUGCCAAUGAAACCUAUCAAACGAGGCUACAAAGUUUGGGUUCGAGCGGAUUCAACAGGAUACAAGUGCGAAUUCCAAAUUUAUACUGGCAAGGCUGAUCAAGUAACAGAAAAAAUUUUGGGCCAUAGAGUUGUCAUGGAUCUCACUCGAAAAUUGGUAGAUAAAAAUCACAAGGUGUUUUUCGAUAAUUACUUUAAUUCUGUCCAACUUCAGCGAAAGUUAUAA